AACUUUUCCAUAAUGAAGAAGGACAGUGCGAAAUUCCUUACGAACUUUUCAAAUUCAUCCAACUAUGACUAAACUAUAUUUUCAGAAUUCAUUUUUUUAGUGAACUUUUGUUAUGGGAUGUGAGUGACGAUGUAUUACGCAUGUGUCAUAUAACGCGAGAAUACUUCUUUCCAGAGCGUUUCAAAUAGAGGAUUUUUUGUAGUUUUCCAUACACUUGAUCCUGAUUCAUUAAAAAGAUGGUAAACAUUAGAAAUAUUGAAAAAUCCGAAACAAAACAGGUAGCUCAUUUAGAGGACAUGUGUUUUCCUGAAAAUGAGCGUGCGUCUCUUAAAACGAUCGCUUACAGGGUUUCACAAGCACCUGAGCUCCAGCUUGGCCUUUUUGCUCCCACGGAACAUACUACCACGUUAAUAGGGCACUUAAUGGCUACCAGAACAUCUUCAGAAAGUGUUACAGUUGAUUCAAUGUCCAAGCAUGAACCGAAGGGAAAGAACGUUGCCAUCCACUCCCUUUCUGUACAUCCUGCUCAUCGUGGUCGAGGUUACGCCAAACAAUUGAUUAAGGAAUUACAAUUCCGUUGUGAAACAACCGUUAGCCCCAAGCCAAGGAUCAUGACUUUGCUGGCUCAUAAGCCUUUGAUUUCUCUGUACGAGGAAGUCGGUUUCAAACUCAUUGGUGAAAGUGCUUGCAAAUUCGGAGGUGAUACUUGGUACGACAUGGUUUAUGAAAUUUAAUUUGUAGUACAUGCGAAUACAAUUCUGUUCUUCCUACAACUCCAGUCCUAAAGAACUAUCUACGAGUUUCCAACUUGUUAUGAUUUUGAAUAAAUUUCGUUUUUCAUUAAAAGCAGUUUAUUGAAAGCUAUAGCAUCAAGUACUUUAGCCUGAAGUAAUAAAUUGUCAUAACACACAAUGAAACAAAACAGAAAC